CACCCUUUCCCCUGAUUCCCCUGAAGAAUAAGAUAACACUGUAAUCUCAUGGUUUCCAAUUCUAGUCAUAUUGUCACAGAUCUCUUUCCAGUAAUCAGAGUCUAUAAAGAUGGCAAAGUAGAGAGACUUUUUGGCUCACAAUAUGUUCCACCAUCACCAGAAGAUCCCAUCACAGGUGUUUCCUCCAAAGACAUCACAAUCUCACCAGAAGUCUCAGCUAGGCUAUACCUCCCAAAGAUCACUGAUCCCAACCAAAGGCUCCCAAUUUUAGUGUACAUCCAUGGCGGAGGCUUUUGCAUUGAAUCGGCCUUCUCCUUUGACCAUCAACGUCAUAUAAACCUCCUAGUCUCCCAAGCCAAAGUAGUAGCUGUUUCAGUCGAAUAUAGACUUGCCCCAGAACACCCUUUGCCUGCAGCAUAUGAAGACUGUUGGGCUGCCCUUCAAUGGGUGGCUUCUCACAUUGACAAUUCGAGCAUGGAAAGAGAACCAUGGCUAGUUAGCCAUGGAAACUUCAAUAAACUCUAUGUAGGAGGGGAUAGUGCUGGUGCAAAUAUAGUGCACAAUGUUGUUUUGAGAGCUGGUGCUGAAAGCUUAUACGGGGAUGUCAAGAUCCUGGGUGCAUUUCUUACUCAGCCAUAUUUUUGGAGCUCAAAUUUAGCGUCUAAGGGUUGUGGCAAUCCCAGGGUGGAGACUUUGGCAACUGAGAUAUGGAUGUUUGCUUAUCCAUCUGCUCAAAGAGGAAUUGAUAAUCCAAUGAUAAACCCUUUGGCUGAUGGUGCACCUAGUUUGGCUAGACUAGGAUGUUCAAGGUUGUUGGUCAAUGUGGCUGAGAAAGACAUUCUUAGAAAUGGCGGAAUUCUUUAUGUAGAUGCUGUGAAGGAAAGUGGAUGGAAAGGUGAAAUAGAACUGUUGGAAGUGGAAGGAAAGGACCAUUCCUUUCAUAUUUUCAAUCCAGAGGAUAAGGAGGCAAAAAUUCAGAUGCAGGUUCUGGCUUCUUUUCUCAUGUAUUGAAUAUUUUGCUCUCACUCUUUAUUUUUUUCCUGUUAUAAUUCGAACUGCGUAAUGAUUCUUGGGCCAAUUCUUGAAUUUGCACUUGGUUUUUUGAGCUUCUAGUUUGCUGGGAAGAAUGCUAAGCAAAAGCAUUUUGUGCCUAAACAGAUGCCCAUUGGAACUAUGUUUCUUUACUCGUCUAUUUGUCCCAGGUUUCUGUUCAGAUUUGAUCCUUAUUUAACAUCUCAAAUCUUUGGAUCUUUGUUGCGUUCCUUUUGUCUAUUAUAUUGCAAACUAGUGAUAAAUCUCACUACUGUAAUCAAAGUCUAGUCUGUGGAUCAUUAGCUCACUUACUACUAUCAUAUUGCACUGGAUACUGGCUUCCCAAUCUCAAUAUGCCGCCAUCUUUUCCCUAUCAUCGCUCUUAUGUUUGAUAUUGGACCUGAUGUCUGUAUAAUUUGAUUGUUUUCACACUGAGAUCAGAAUACAAGUCAAAUAUCUGUAGACAAUUUGGAGUUCCAAUCUGCAACUA